AUGUCGACUUUCCGAAGAACCAGUAUGGAUGGCCGUCGCGAGGGCGUUGGUCUAUCAGAACAGAGCUGUCCGGGACGGGAUGGUGCAUUGCAGGUUCCUGACAAAACACCAUUGCUUCCACAUGUCAUCCGAAGCGAUGGCGGUGCAUUUUGCAUGUGGUUGACGCUGCCCACGGCUCACAGUGAUACGCGGCCAGCAACAUCCCUCGCAACGUGGACCACCGACACGAAUUUUCCAAUUGCGGGUUUGUGGGUUUUGCUGCCCUCACAGGCCACGAUAUACGACGCGAAGCAUGAAUUCCUCCUUGCAUCCCUUGGGUGCUGGAAGCUAUACGGACUAGCUUCUGCCUCUCGGGAGGAGUCGGAGACCCCGACACGCCCCCUCCGAGUAUUUCCUCCGCCGUGGGGCAUGAUUGUCGUGGUGAGGGUUGGUGUGGGGGAUCUGGACGAGGCUGUGGACGCACAAAACUCUAAGCGUCAGUACGACAAUCCUAUGGCGGACUCGGGCAAUGUCCGAAAGCCUUUCCCCAGAGAGAGCUUGCUGCAGAGGAAGACCCAAUCAGGGGCGGCAAUCUCUAGAUGA